GGAGAAAGCGACUAAUGCUACGUUCAAGUACCUUCGGAAAUAGUAAAUGUUAAAACUUGACGGUAUGCGAGUCAAACUCGGAUUGUUUUUCUUUAAUAAUACCUAAGCGUGACGUGUAGUGGGCGGAUAACUUGAACACUUCUAAACUAGUAAUGGUAACAUGUAUUAAUUAUGUGCUAUUUAUAUAUUUAUUAUAAUGUUACUGUUUCCUAUCGUAUAUGGAACUAAUUAGGAUUACUUUAUAUUUCUACUCUAUGAAACAUGUAGUUGACAUAUAAAUUAAAUAUGGUCUUCUCAUGUUGCUGCUGCAGCACAAAUUAGCUCUCCGCCACUGGAUUAUUAUUAUUAUUUUUUUUUUUUAAGAAAACACCAACUAAAAUCUAGUUUUGUGUCCACGGCUCACGAAUGCGCGACAUUUUUGCAGUUUUGAAGCGUAAGCGGGGUACUUGAAUGCAGCAUAUAUUUACUUCCCCUUUGAUGCUCUGGUCAUUUCAAGGUCUUGGCCGUGAAUGAACUGCAUGUAGCAUUUAACCCUCUGGAUCCUUCCUUGUCUGUAUUACUGCAUGGAUGUGAUCCUGCUUAAUGUGCACUCACUUAUGUUUUAAUUUUUUUCAAGGCAGUUCCUUCACAAUCCACAUGAUGUCGCUGUAAGGACAAUAAUACACACCUACCUCAGUGUCCUCCACAUCCGGCGACACGUCUAUCCCCAAACAGCGACCGAGGGCCGCCUGACAUACAUUUGUUUACUUUAUUUUUUCCCCUCUCCAAACCUUUCAUUAGAAAAAGUAAUGUUGCAUCUCGGACACUUUCUGACAACUUGAGACGCGGUCGUGCUUCAGAUAGGAGAGUAACUAGUACCUGGUAGCGCUUUAGAGAGGGGCUUCAAAUGGGGGAGGUGAGGAAGCUGCAGAAGAAGUUGAGACAGAUUGAAAAUCUGGAAGUCAAAAUCACUCUAACCCCAGAGGAAAGAUUCAAGAUCUCCAGGAAGGCGGAGCUGCGUUCCAGAUUGGCUGAGCUUCUGCUGCAGCUUUCUGGCCCGCAGCAAACUCUGGGGAUUGUGGGAGAAGGAAAAAAGGAGAAGAUGAAAAGACAAGUGGAGGACGCCCCUGAGGCCCUUCCAUCACAAACGCCUCCAGCCUCCAAGAUCCUUAAGGGAGAGCUGAAGUCCAAGGCUCAAGCAACGCCAGCGCCGGCUGCCAGGCACAAGGAGACGGGAGGGGGAGGAGAGACAGGCCGACAGCAGGAGACGGGAGAACCGGCCAAGGUGUCAGAUCACUGCCUAGACGUGUCAGAAGGCUGUCCGGCCCUGACCCGUACAGACCCCCGCGAGGAGCCGCAGCCGCCCGAGGAAGACAGGGAAUUUACAUCCCUCAAAGCGUCAUGGGAGAAGGCGAAGUUUCGCUUGAGGCUGUUGGAGGGUCACAGUGACAUAGUCACCUGUGUGGUUGCCGUUGACAACCUUGUAGUCUCUGGAAGCCGGGACACAACAGUGAAGGUGUGGCACGUCCCCACGGCAACGGAGCAGAAGAACCUGGGGGGUCACAGUGGUGGGGUCACCUGCCUGUCUGCCCCUCCGCUUGAGUACUGCAGGAGGCUGGCCUGGUCCCUGUCUUUGUCCGACAAGGAGAGGUUCAUUCUGAGUGGCUCAGCAGACUGCUGUGUGAAGAUCUGGGCCUUAAGCACGGGCCAGUGUGUUAAGUCUAUCUACACAUUCAAUGCUGUGACUGCUCUUUGCUUCGUGUCGGAGGAAGAGGGCUACAUCAUCACUGGAUCAGAUGGGGGGAAAGUUCAGGCCUGGAGCUGGCACACUUUGGAAAACUGUCAGUCAAUCAAUGCUCACCAGGAAGCAGUUACCUCCAUCCAGUCGCAGGGUCCACUGGUGUUCAGUGGCUCGGCCGAGGGGGGGGUGUCAGUGUGGGAGAAUCGGUGUUUGGAGCGCGACCCCCUGAGGCUGCUGCACCACUGGACCGGCCAGGUGACGGGCUGCAAAGGGGGGCCGGGGGGCCGUCUGGCCCUCAGUCCCCGGGGAGACCAAGUGUUCCUGGCCUAUGGUCAAUCUUGGAUAAAAAUCCUGCACUGGAGGACUGGAACGAUGUCCAGACUGACCAAUCACAGCAGCAUCGCUGGGGUAACAGAUUGUGUUCAUCAGACAGCAGGCCUACUAAUUGGCUCCUGCUAUGAUCUGGCCAAUGGAGAGAGCACUCUGAACUUGUUUUCUCUGCCUCAGUGUAGCUACCUGGCCUCUCUGACCUGUGCUGAGGCUCCCAGAAUCCUCUGCUUUGCGGCGUGGCUCACAGGGAGUGGAGGCCAUCGCUGGGUGACUGGGGGUCGUGACCUCAUCGUAUGGGAGCAGCUCCCCAGCUCCGGGAAGCAGAGGGGAGACGUCACAGCGAGGCGAGACAGCCGAUUGGACAACUCCUUGCUGGAGUCAGAAGGGGACACAGAGGAUGACGUGGAGAGCGAUGAUGAUUACGGUAAUGAUGACGAUGAGGACAAAGACAGCCAGUCCCAAGAGGAGUUGGAGGGUCAGUCCGGCUCGUGGUUUCGGUGUGUUCUUCAGUGAGUGCCGGUUUGAUAAGCCUGCCACCGAGCUCAAGACACUACAAGACACCAUGCCCCACGGCCAUGAAGAGGAAAUGAGAGGAAGGGAGGGGGAGAGAGAGGUGGAGGGGAGCGAAGUGUGACAGACUGAGUGAGUGUCAGUGACGGAGAGCGAGCAUAUGGAUCGGGAAAGUGUGAGAGCGCAUGAGUGAGAGAUAGACAUAUUGUUUUCUAUGUAAAUGUUGUUUCACAUCCAAUAAAGCUGUCACACCGUGAC